GUACGAUAAUAUGGCAAGGCUGAAUCGAGUUUCCCUUCACUUCCCUUCCUUUGGUCAGUGUGGCUCGAGGGUUGAAUGGGGAGAGUCGUACAUCUUGUGGGUCCGUGCGUCCUGCUUCCUGUGGACCAGAUAACAUGGACGUUCCUUCGCCAUGUCAGCCUGUCCAGCCCGACGCCCCCGCCAUGCCGCCGCGGCAGAUUCCCGACGCCCCCGCCAUGCCGCCGCGGCAGAUUCCCGACGCCCCGCGGCUGUUAGCGGCAAGACUCUUCUCAGCGACAACUCCGGCAGUGGGGAGUCUCCCGGAGCGGUUCUCGUGGCAGCCCUUCCACGCCCACCACGCCGCGCCCUUCAGCCCGCCACACGCCGAAGGGAGUGGAAGUCUCGGCAACCCCUUCGUACCCAUCGGGGCGCAGGAACGUGCACGCCCCUACCCCUACGCCCCUCAGAGACCCCCCAUGCACCAGCAGCCCUACUACGCAUGUUCCUCGUCAGCCCAAGCUAACUUCCAGCCUGUCUUCGUCCCGCCACACAGUCACGGGCGGCCCUGGGAACCCCACUCCGUACCCAUCUCCCCGACGCUCACCCAGUGCAUCCAUCAGCCCGUGACGUCAUGCUGCAGUCAGCCAUCAUGCCUCGCUGCCCAGUCGUUCUGCGUCGCCAAGUGCUCCACAAGACCAGACAUUACAGACUCCCGCCAGGCCGACCCAGGACACUGCGAUGAGAAAACUCCCCUUUUAGUUAACUGUCCUUCGAAGCAGGGACGCUCGGGUCACGGCGGGGCGGACGCGGCGACGGCGGAGGAGAGCUGCGGGAUGAGAGGGUCGCGGGGGGAGCGGGCGGGGUGCCAGCGCUUCCACAGUAAACAGAUGGUGGCACUGAGCGCGAUGCUGGCAGUGUUGAUCGCCUCCUUUGCCUCCCUCUCCGUCAUGGCACCUUUCUUCCCCCACGAGGCGGACAGACUAAACUUGGAAGAGACCACCAACGGCAUCAUCUUCAGCAUCUACCCGUGCGUCAUCUUCAUCACCUCGCCCAUCAUCGGGAAGCUCUUGCCCCUCUUCGAAUCCCGGUGCGUGUUCCUGGUUGGCGUCAUUCUCACAGGGCUCGCCAAUAUACUCUUUGGGAUGGUGAGCCACAUCUACAAGGCGGACAUCUUCGUGGCGGUGACCAUCGGGCUUCGUUUCCUGGCCGCCCUUGGGACCUCUUGCUUCCUCACCGUCAUCUACGCCAUCAUCCCCAUCGUCUUCCCCGAGAACGUGAACAUGGUGAACGGCAUGAUAGAGACGAGCAUUGGCCUGGGCAUGUGUCUGGGGCCGGCGGUGGGCAUGUGGCUGUACGGGAUGGGUGGUUUCCCCCUCCCCUUCAUCGGCCUAGGCGCCUUCAUCCUCCUGGCGGCCAUUAUCAACUGCUUCUCCUUCCCCGACGAUGAGCUCGAGAUCGUCAACCACGGGACGGGCGCGGUGUGGUCGGUGCUGGCGCGGCCCCGCUCUAUCCUGUCGCUGCUCAUCCUCUGCGUCACCGCCGUCUGCGCCGCCACCCUCUACCCGACGCUGCAGCCACACAUGCAUGAGCUGGGCGUGUCCACAGAGGGCGUGUGCGUGGUGUACCUGGUGUUGUCCGCCGUGUACGCUGUGGCGGCGCCGCUGGUGGGCCUCGCCACGGACAGGUUCGGCGGCCUCGACAAGUUUAUGCUGGCGGGGCUGGUGCUCACCGCGCUCUCCUUCAUCCUGAUCGGGAACUCGCCGCUGCUCCCGCCGGCACCCUCCCACAACGAGCUCUACAUGCAGGACAUCGCGGGCAUGGUGGUGUUCGGCGUGUCCUCCGCCAUGUGCAUUGUGCCCACCUACGCUUCCAUCCUCAAGGCCGCCUCCAGCACGAUGGAGGUGGACUUGGGGACCUACAGCGUGAUUGGGGGACUCUGGUCGUCGGCUUAUUCACUCGGGGAGAUGCUGGGGCCGCUGUACGCUGGGCUGCUGGCUGAGCACAUCUCCUUCGCCUCCACCACCACCGUCACCGCCCUGCUGCCCGCCACCCUCGCUGUGAUGUUCGGGGCCUACAUGUGUGGAAACCGUCACCGCGGGCCGCCUCCACCCCCACGUCGACCUCCACCACCGCCGCGUCCUAGCCAAGAAGAUAUAUAGGCCUACUGUAUGUCUCUUUGGCCCUAUCCUUCAUGUGUUCCUGAGGCCUCGUCCCGCAUGUCGUGUGUCGCGACGCUGCUCUCCUCUUUGUUUGCGUGCUGUACUACGCUCUUUUGAUGCUGUGUUGAUGCUGAGGAGGAGGAUCCGUGGCGUGACACCUGUGCUGCGCCGUAGUUCUGAGCCCUUUUUCGUUUCGUAUAGUUUGUCGGGGCGGAUUCUAGGCCGUUUUUUUGUUUGAUAAUAAUAUGCUUCACUAAUAAUUUUCAA